CCGCAACAGGUAAAAGAAUAGAAAUCAUUACCACGCUUAUACCGAACAAAAUGCAUGACUUGCUGGAUACUGUCGCUGAAGAUUUUCUUCCCCUCUACCUGUUCUUUCAAGAUGUCUGAGGGCUCGCCAGCUGAGUAGAGGACUUCCCUCUCUGCCCGUGCUUUCCACCUGCAACCAUGAAUGGUGGAGCCAGUGUGUGGGCCAUUAGUCCGGAGGAGAGGGCGAAACAUGACAAACAGUUUGAGACCCUCUCCCCUGCCCUCGGUUACAUCUCAGGAGAACAAGCAAGAAAAUUCUUCCUGCAGUCCGGCCUGCCUGCUUCUGUCCUGGCUGAGAUUUGGAACCUAGCCGACAUGGACAGUGAUGGGAAAAUGGACAAACUGGAGUUUUCCAUUGCUAUGAAGCUCAUUAAACUUAAACUUCAAGGACGCAACUUGCCCUCCGCCUUGCCAGUCGUCAUGAAGCAGCCUCCUGCUUCCAAUUGCGGUUCAACCAUCGCUUCCUCAGCACGAUUUGGAAUGGGUUCUAUGCCAAACCUGUCAAUUGGUCUGUCAUCCAUGUCAGCUAUGUCAGCCAUGCCCAUCCUAACACCCAUCCCAGUUAACCCCCCCAUGCCCUCAAUGCAACCCCUGUUGCCAACGCCUGUGACCCUGCCACUUAUCGCCCCGCUUGGAAACUCUGGGCUCCACAACGGCACCCUCCUCACCCCACCACUCGUUCCUAACAAUGCAGGACUUCCUCUCUCUGGCUUCUCCUCUCCUAUGGCCUUCUCCCCGUCCACUGGCAUGUCAAAAGCCAACUCUCUACUCGACCUGGGAUCGAGCAGUUCCAACUCUUCCUCCACCACAUCUUUGGCCAGUAACUCCCCAAAGAUGGGCGCAAGUGAUUGGGCCGUUCCCCAGGCCUCAAGACUCAAGUACCGUCAGCAGUUCAACACACUAGACAAGCUCAUGACCGGCUACUUAUCAGGACCUCAGGUUAGAAAUGCACUGAUGGCAUCAAAUCUGACGCAGACUCAGUUAGCUACCAUCUGGACCUUGGCAGAUGUGGAUAAGGAUGGCCAGCUGCAGGCUGAUGAGUUCAUUCUGGCCAUGCACCUGGUGGACAUGGCUAAGACGGGCCGCCCUCUACCACUCACUCUGCCACAAGACCUAGUACCACCCUCUCUGAGAGGAGGAAUUAAGUCCAAUGAGCUUGUUAAUGGAACGGGGCCCUACAUAACUCCCUGUUUAAUAGACACAGCAGAGAUAGAACCUGCUCAAAAGAACAAGAGCAGCGUAUCCUUUGAGGACAAGCUGAAGGAGAACUUUGCAAGGGGAAGCGCAGAGCUGGAGAAACGACGUCUAGCUCUUGAGGAGCAGCAGAAAAAGGAGAAGGAGAAGAGAGAGAGGGAGGAGAGAGAGGCUCAAGAACGGAGGGAGAGGGAGGCCAGGGAGCUGGAGAACCGGAGGAGGCUGGAGGAGGAGAGGCGGCUGGAGAGGCAGAGAGAAAUGGAGCGACAAAGGGAAGAGGAGAGGCUGAGAGAGCUGGAGAGGAAGGAGGUAGCGAAGCAGGAGAUGGAGCGCCAGCGGAGGGAAGAGUGGGAGCGUGCGAAAAGAGAGGAGCUGGGCAGGAAGAAAGAGGGGGAGCAAGAGGAGAUUUCUCGACUAAGGGCGAAAAAGAAGAGUCUGGAGUUGGAGCUAGAGGCUGUGGGGAACAAGCACAAGCAGAUCUCAGACCGUCUCCGCGACGCUCAGAGCAAGAGGCGGAUUCAGAAGGCUGAGCUGGACCUCGUCAAUCAGAAGAGGGACACCCGCGUUGCAGAGAUUAACGCGCUUCAGCUCGAGUUUGAGGAGUGGCAGAGGAAGCUCUCACAGCUGGUUCCAGAACAACAGAGACUGUGUGAGAAGCUGCAAAACAUCAGCCUCAACAAACUCCCGUCUGUGACUUUGACCUCCCUGACCGGGACUGUGACAGAGAAGACUGUAAACUGCCGGAGGCUGAAGGACCAGCUUGACAUCCUGGAAAGGGAAACGACAGACAAACUGACGCAGAUGGAGCAGUACAAUAAGGAGCUUAAGCUCGGGGAUAUGGACGACUGUGUCCUCCGAGGCCUUCUGUCUCUGCUGGCUUGCCUCAGCCAGCUCUUCCUUCUCAUCAAGGAGCUGAGGGAGAAGCAGGUGAGGCAGCAGGCUGUUCUGGACGACCUGCACAGAGUCAAAGAGGAGAAAUUGAGGGAGCUCCAGAGACGCCGCGAGGAGGAGAGAGAAAGGAGGAGGAGAGAGGAAGAAGAAGAGGCGGCCAGACAGGCAAAGCUGGAGCAAGAAAAGAGAGAGCAGGAGCGGAGGGAACAAGAGAAGAGGGAGAGAGAGGAAGAGGAGGCACGGCAGAGGAGGCUUCUGGAGGAGCAGAGGGCCAGACAGAGGGAAGAGGAAGAGAGAGAGGCACAGGCGCGCCUCCGGGCAGCCCAGGAGAAAGCACAAGAAGAGGAGAGAAGAAGGAGAGAGGAGGAGGAGGCAGAGGCGGAGAAGAAGAGGAGGGAGGCCGAAGAGGAGAAGAGACGGAAAGAGGUUGAGGAGGAGAAGAGGAGGAAAGAAGAGCAGGAAAUGGGGCAGCAGUUGGCAUCCAGGCUAACCACCUACAGAGCUCUGUACUCCUUUGUUGCUCGCAACGCAGAUGAGCUGAGUAUAGACGCAGACUGUCUCAUAGAGGUAGAUGAGCACACGGUCGGUGAGCCUGGCUGGUUGUGCGGAAGUUACCGCGGAAACAGGGGCUGGUUCCCCCAGAGUUACGCUGAGAAAUGUCUGACCCCUGCCUCGACUCAAAGUGGUCCCACUUCACCUGGAAAAAUGUCCUGUCUGCCACCACCACUAAACACAAGACACCCCGAUGUGGUGGAAAAAGGUGACAGCCCUCUUCCUGUCCAAUCUGAUGCUUCACAGUCCUCCGUUCCUCUGCUCGCUCGGGCUCUCUCGUCAUGGUCAGCCACUUCAGAAACCCACCUCAGCCUUUCAGGCAGUUCGGCGACAGACGUCAUCACCACACUGCUCAGCUUCUCGCAGGGAGACAUCAUCAGCGUGCUGCAGCAGAGGGACGAUUGGUGGCUGGGGCAGAUCAACGGGAUGCAGGGAUGGUUCCCCAAAAGUUACGUCGCUUUGGAGACGGCUGGCAAUACAGAUGUGGAUGCGUUGGACACAUCCGAUUCAGUUCAGCUAGAAGAAUACGUGGCCUUGUAUACAUAUGAGAGCCCAGAGGUGGGGGACUUGACGUUUGUCGAGGGGGAUGUUGUUUUGGUGUUGGAGAAAGAAGGAGAGUGGUGGCGAGGAUGCAUUGGGGACCAGACAGGGCUCUUUCCCUCCAACUAUGUCCGACCUGUAGAACUGCCAGAGGCAUCAAGAUCUGGAGGUCCAACCAAGAAACCUGAGGUUGCGCAGGCCGUUACCACCACUGGGGCCUCAAUGAUGCAUCAGCUUCGCCUCUCUCCGGGGCAACUGAUCGUGGUCCUGGCCAAGAACUCCACCGGCUGGUGGCUCGGAGAACUGCAAGCUCGGGGUAAAAAGCGGCAGAGAGGCUGGUUUCAUUCCUCUCACGUUAAGCUCCUGGGUCCCUCCAGUAGCAAGUCUUCCCCCUCUCCUCUGCCAGUAUGCCAAGUUAUUGCAAUGUAUGACUACACGGCUGCCAAUCAGGACGAGCUGAGUUUCUCCAAGGGUCAGCUGAUCAACAUCCUCGACAAGACCAACCCCGACUGGUGGAAAGGAGAAGCCAACGGGGUAACAGGGUUGCUGCCCACCAAUUAUGUCAAGAUGACAACAGAAUCAGACCCCAGCCAGCAAUGGUGUGCUGACCUGAUGACGCUCGACACAAUGACCCCUCAGGAGAGGAAAAGGCAGGGUUACAUUCACGAGCUCAUCCAGACCGAGGAGACCUAUGUGGAGGAUCUUGAGCUAGUGCUAGAGGUCUUCUACAAGCCCAUGUCCGAGUCAGGUCGUCUAACUGAAGCUGAGAUGGCAGUUAUCUUUGUUAACUGGAGGGAACUGAUUAUGUGCAACUCCAAAUUGCUCAAAGCCCUGCGUGUCCGGAAAAAGACAGGAGGAGAGAACAUGCCCGUUCAGCUAAUAGGAGACCUGCUGGCGUCGGAGCUCGCACACAUGCAGCCAUACAUUCGCUUCUGCUCCUGCCAGCUCAACGCCGCAGCCCUGCUGCAGAGCAAAACCCACAACCAGCCUGACUUUAAAGACUUCCUCAAAAAGAUUGCAACUAACUACCGCUGUAAAGGAAUGCCGCUGUCCAGCUUCCUCCUCAAGCCCAUGCAGAGGAUUACACGUUACCCUCUACUCAUCAAAAAUAUCUUGGAGCACACCCCAGAUGGCCACGCAGACCGAGGCCCUCUCCGAGAAGCUCUGGAGCGAGCCGAGGAGCUGUGCUCUCAGGUCAAUGAGGGGGUUCGGGAGAAGGAGAACUCAGACAGGCUUGAAUGGAUACAGAGCCACAUGCAGUGUGAGGGGCCAAUAGAGCACUUGGUCUUCAACUCGCUGACUAAUUGCCUUGGGCCUCGCAAGUUGCUCCACAGCGGUCGGCUGUACAAGACCAAAAGCAGCAGAGAGCUGUGGGCUUUCCUCUUCAAUGAUUUCCUCCUCCUCACACACAGUGCCAAACCCUUCUCCUCCUCAGGAUCUGACAAGUUAUUCAGCCCCAAAACAAGCAUACAGCUCAAGAUGUACAAAACGCCUCUCUUCCUGAACGAGGUAUUGGUGAAAAUGCCACCCGACCCGUCCAGCGACGAGCCGCUGUUCCACGUCUCGCACAUCGAUCGCGUCUACACUCUCAAAACCGAGACCCUGAACGAGAGGGCAGCGUGGGUCCAGAAAAUCAAAGCGGCAUCUGAACAUUUCAUAGAGACGGAGAAGAAAAAGAGAGAGAAGGCUUACCAAGCACGCUCUCUAAAGUCCAGCGGAAUCGGCCGGCUGCUGGUAACAGUCAUUGAAGCCCAGGAGCUCAAGGCCUGUAAGCCCAACGGUAAGAGUAAUCCUUACUGUGAGCUGACAAUGGGAGCUCAGUGCUACACAUCUCGACCAAUCAGCGACACUCUGAGCCCAAAGUGGAAUUUUAACUGCCAGUUUUUCAUCAAAGACCUCUACCAGGAUGUCCUCUGCGUCACCGUGUCCGAGAAAGAUCAGUUCUCACCAGAUGAUUUUCUCGGCCGCGUUGAGGUUCCCGUGGCAACGAUAAAGAAAGAGAUGGAGAGCAAAGGAGCAGCAACCCGUCGCCUUCUGCUGCACGAAGUCCCUACUGGAGAAGUUCACGUCAAACUAGACCUACAGCUUUACGAGCCAACCAAAUGAGGAAAAUACAUCUGAAUACUCCAUUAGGCACACACACCACUUAAUUUCCUGGUAAUUAAGGAGAAUUAAAGUGCCUUUUUUAUGCUCUUGCACAUUAUGCAAUAAUGGGGAUUUUACUGUCCCUGCUUGUUCCACUGACCCUGAGCUUUUCAGCGACCUCAAACGAUCCAAAACACGGAGAUGAUUGCCAAUAUUUUCUUAAUCGCCAGUCAGAAAUGGAAAGUAACAAACGGGACUCAACGUUUCACCGGAUUUUUACAUUUCAGUUUCGAUUUGUAAAUUCUUUUUUUUUUCCAGCGCACUGCUAAUUAAAGAAUAUAACAACAUAUCAGCCAGUUGCACACACGUGUGGACAGUCGCACACUGUCUCACGUAUCUUUAUAUUACAACUGCUGCACACUGCUGUAUAAUGUAAUGUCAAAUGUAAUGUCAAUGGUUAACCUUAUGGUGUAAGCA